GACGAAUGUCUUAAUUUGUACGAAACGAACUGACGGACGUGUGUGCGUGUCAGUGAUCGCGGAUUGACGAGAUCCGGGGGGGUUUGCCUGAUCCCGUAGCGAACCGUGGGUUUAGUUGAGCCUUAUUCAUUGAAGAUGUCGGUUUGAAGCUUGCGAAGUGUCCGCUGGAAGGUAGAAAAAAGUGUGUGAGAGAGAAAGAUAAAAGGAAGAUCUUACCGUUUGAACGUGUUUGGGAGGCCCAGAAAGAGUGGGAGGAAACGAGCUUACGGUGUGUUCCGAAUACCGUCCUCUUUGUUAGUGCAACAGGGGUGUUAUCAUACAUUUACGGUACGUGUGGCCGACUUUUCGGGGUUCACGACGAUUUACCGAUUCCUGUCCAGUGCCACGAGUUUGAUGAGCGGUUAGUUUUUUUUUCUUGCGUUCCAAGAAUUUUAAUUCUUGUGCAGUCCUGUAAGAGUGGUGUGUAUGUGUGCAAAUAUCUGUGAAGUAAAAUUUGAAAUCCGGUUUUUGAAGCAAAGAAAGAAUUUACGAUCAAUGGUUACCAGUAAUUGGUACAGAAUAAAACAGUGAUCAAAAGCAGGCAGCAUCCCAUUUGAGCGGAGAAGAUCAAUCGGCAACGUCUGAAGCUGACAGGCUAGCGCGGUGUGCCUCUGUAGUUGUAGAGAAAGUACCCUAGAAAAGCCCAAGCAGGCAGUCCUCCGAAACCAAGAUGCCCUGCAGCGCAGUUACGUUGUCUCUCGCGACGAUAUCCGCCAUCAUUGCUGUUGCCCUGCUGGCAAUCGCCUUCUCCACAGAUAAUUGGCUCAGCUACGAAGUGAAGCGGAAUAACAUACAGACAUUUAUAGCCAAACAUCCAGAUGCAUCAUCACUCACAGAUGCCUUCAACAACAGGCUUAUCUACUACACUAGGACACGUGGUCUGUUUCGGUACUGCUAUCCGAAAGAGAAACCUCCGGCGUCAUCUGUUCAAAUCUAUCUCUCUCCUGUGGAAACGCACUGCUCCAACAUUGACUACUUCCCGCAAACCGAGGAGGACAAAUCUUCACCGUCAUUCAACGAGGACAUCAUGGCACGUCUGCACUUGGCCCGUUCCGUCAUAGCCGCCUUCAUUCUCAGCUUCGUUGCCAUCUUCUGCGCGUUUUGGACUGGCCUAUCCGGUUGUUGGAAACGGUCGGCUGGUGCAAUCACGGCAACGGCAAUCCUGAUGUUGACCGCUUGCUUGCUGGCAGCAGGCGCCAUGGGUCUUUGGCAUACGGUCGAGUUUUUCGAGAAGGAAAAAGUCGUCGGCGAUGAUUACUAUCAGAGCUGGACCACGGUUCUUCGGGAUAACACGCGUACCUCGUACGACUGGUCCUAUAUUGUGGCCUGGGCUGGCGUGGCAUCCAGUUUACUCGCUUCGAUUCUCCUGUCCGGAGCAGCAGUUUGCCUGCGGGGCGAACGUGAGAAGGAAGAGCAACUUAAUCUUCAGUAUCUGAUGCCAGUGUAUCCUCAAAAACAGCCUCCCUACCCCUAUGGUGGUUUUCCUCAGCCUCAGCUCUACCCGCAGCCAUACUAUCACGGAUCGCAGUACGGACCGUACAACUAUUAGAUGAGUUUGAGUAACAAUUGCGCGACCUCUGAUCCUCCCAUCCUGUGUGCCUGUAUUGUCUGCUCCGAGCAUUUGGUUCUAUUCGAAAUUUCCGUUUGGUUAGAUCGUGCGAGAUUCGGAUGAUGUGAGAUGGAAAUGUAGCGCUUAGAAACAAUCUUUCAAAUCGGUUCGCCUCGAACCGUAGAGUCGAAGAACGACGAAUCUCCUCCUCCAACUCUCCAGGGCCCUUGUGCUCUUGCUUUUAUAUUUUUGUUAGCUUACAAAAGUGUCCCAGAGACUGCGGAGAGAACGAAUAUUUUUUACCCAGCCAAGAUAUAUCACCCAGACGUCUUCCCCUUUGAUACUACGCUUUUUUUUCUCCUCCGCAAGAACCGAUACUGUGGCCUCUUUUUUUUUGUUGGAUGAAAACAGGUGUCAUUCUUUCGCGUGAAGCUAUUCUGUUUGAUUUUAAUUUUUACUGUCUAUGUUUAAGUUUAGACAUUUACUUUUAAAAAUUUAAUACAAAACAACGCAGCUAGAAGUUAAGAUUUAAUUUUGAUUUUUUUUUUCGUGAAAAAUUAACGACAAUAACGAAGAGGUGAGAAAUUAAAUGCGUAAUGCUCGUUUGUAUUAUGUAUAGAGAGUAAUUUAAUUGUACUGUGUAAGAUGAUAACGAUAGCGAAGAAGGAGGAAAAUAUAUUUUAGUUAUAAACCGA